AUGGAAUAUAUUUCACAUGCAUGGGCUGAAGCUUCCAAAUCAGCCUUGGAACUUCUGGACCGCGUUCAGAGAAGAGCGUUGGUGUUGAUUGGCGACGAUAGGGUAUCCAGUUCUAUGGUUUCCCCUGAUCAUCGUAGUAAUGUGGGUUGUGUGACGCUGUUCUAUCGAUACUUCCAUGGUGUGUGCUUCACAGAUAUUGAUCUCCUUAUUCCUGAAGUAAGGAUAAAGAAUACUAGACUUUCUAGUAACUCACUCCCGUUUGUAAUUGAUUGGCCAGCUGGCCGCACCAUGCACUAUAGAGAAAAUCUGACUUCUGUAUCUACAGCGAUAGUCAAGCUUGAAUUGGUACGAGUCUAA